AUGCCGCCGAAACGACUUGUAAGGAGAGAUGACGGGUCGGAAUCCGACACGAGCAACGAUUUCAACAGAACCGUAGUAACAUCACCGAACAUUACAAUGUCCGAAGAGAUGCUCCAAGCACUUAUUUCCAAAAUCACACAAAGUCAAAUGGAAGCAAGUCGUCUGUUGAUCGAAACAAUGUUGGCGAAUAAAGACGCGCCAAGCCCCUCAUCGCCACCGCGGCCACCCGAGACGCGCGACGUAUAUACCGCACGUCGAGCGGGUAAUUUCGCGAAGUGUACAGCGCGAUUCGACGGGUCUACAAAGAACGCGGAAGCACUCGAGGCAUUCAUUGACGCUAUCGAGAUAUACCGUGACUGCACCAACAUCAGCGACGAACACGCGCUGCGAGGGCUGCCGAUGUUGCUGGUUGGCGAGGCCGCCGUUUGGUGGCAAGGCGUCAAAUCGUCGGUGACGUCAUGGACCGAUGCGUUGCAGCGUCUUCGAGGGAUGUACGGAGUGCCGCGACCCGGAUACAAGAUAUUUAGAGACAUUUUUCGUGCCGAACAAAAUAGUGAACGUGCUGAUGUGUACAUUAAUAAAGUGCGCGCGUUGACAUCGAAGUUACCCUAUGUUAUACCAGAAGAGAUGUUAUUAGAUAUAGUUUAUGGAUUGUUAGAUCGUAGAAUAAGGAAGCGUGUGCCUCGCGACGCGGUGUCCGAACUAGAACAGCUUGUAGCUAAGGCUAGGUUAGUCGAAGAGUCGUUAGCGGAGGUAAAUAAUCCUUCCUUCACGGUCGAUAGUAAUCAAAAUAACAUAAAUAAUGUUAACCCUUCUGUCGUCACACGGGAACGUUCGAGCACAGACAGUAACCCUACAAUUACAGUAGGCGAUUCGAGUAGGUCAAAUAAACUCGACGAUAGGUCGGCCGAUGAAUUACUGAGUGACAGCUUACGUAAGCCUGUAGCUCACGAACAUGAUGCUAAUGGUAAAACAAAAAGGAAUAGGCCCAAAUGCACAAAUUGUAAACUCUUCGGUCAUACCGCAGAUAGUUGUCGCAAUAAAGAUAGAAGAAAUAUCUCCUUGGACAACUCCGGUAGAGUUCCCAGGGUAAGUUGUUAUGGUUGCGGUCAAGAAGGAGUAGUGCGAUCAAAAUGUAGCAAUUGUAACAAGCUAGACUUUCAUAGCGUUCACGUCCAGGACAGUGAGGGGUCACGUCCUUUUGUAGAGAUUCAGGUAGCGAACCGAAAUGGGGUCGCCAUCUUGGAUACGGGAGCGACACACUCUAUCGCGGGGUCUAUGUUAUACGAAUUGCUCAUAAAAGCGGGCACGAGAUUUAAGAAAACAUCUCGUAUCGUAGGACUCGCCGACGGGACACAACAGUUGCGAACCGCACUCGAAUGUGAUACGGAGGUAUCUUUACAGGGUCGUAUUAUACCCAUUACAUUCAUAGUAUUACCAGACGCGCAAACUAGAACAUUGCUAGGGGGAGACUUUAUCAGGAAGGCCGGUAUCUUAUUAGAUUUACCGCAGUGCAAUUGGCGAUUCAAUAACGAACCACGUGUUUGGUACUCAUUCCACACUAACUUUGAAUUACCUACCGGUGGCCAGAGGGUGCUAAAGAAGGUAGACGUACGUAGUGAUAGGAAUAGGAAAAGUACCAAUUCGACAAUAAAUCAGAGAGUUCAACUUGGUACUCUGUCUAUGAACCGAACCCGGUCACCCAAUAAGAAACCCCGACGUGCAAAGGUCGAGAAAUUAAACGUAGCCGGCGUUCCGUCUAGGGGGAGGGGGUGGUUCGAGCGUAGUUUUAUCACACAUGCGUUACCCGGCGGAUUAGGGAUAGAAAAAAAACGUUUCGUAG